UUAGACAGCAACUCCUGGAAACUCUGGGCAAAUUAACCCGGGAGGAAUUUGUAAGGUUUAGAAGAAGUUCAUCAAAGUUUUCAAUAAUAUUGGAGUUCAUGACAGAGAAAGCAGAAGUUAUUGAUAACAUAAUGGCGGAGUUUGGCCAGCAGUCUGUGGAGAUGAUCAAAGAUCUUCUGAUUGAAAUAAACAGAAAAGAUUUGGCUGAGGAUCUUCAAGAAACUGGGGAAUCAUUUGUGGAUGAAGCAGAUUUAUUACUGAAGCAAAAAACAACCGCAGCAGAUGUUCGUUGGGAUCUUUAUGAGAUUCUUCAGAAGUUGAACUGGAGGACUUUAGAGAAAUUUAAGUCACUUCUUCAGUUCACUUGCUUUGAUCGGGGCCUCCAGCAAAUCCCAGAUUUCCGUCUAUACAGGGUGGUCACAGCUCUGAGUCUGGUGGAUCUGAUGGUGAAGGAGUUUGGUCACCAGUCAGUGGAGAUAGCCAGAGAGGUUUUAACAGACAUGACCGAUCUGGACCAAAGCCUGCUGGAGGUUUCAUCCGAAGGGAGAGAGGAAAGAGGGAUAAAGAUUACAGAAAAAAGUCACGGUAAAGGGAUCCUAAUGGAUUUUCAACUUAAAUUUGCAAAAACAGUCAAUUAUCUAAAGGACUCCAGCUGCUGCACUAAAGUUGAACCUGAGAUGAAAACUGAGGAUCCAGACGAGGUUCCAGCCUACAGCCUCCAGAGUGAAGCUGGACUCUUUGAGUGCAGCGUUUCUCGUCUGCGCUGGUUCUGCUCUGAACGGGUCGUCUUCAGGUACCGGUUCUGCUCCUGGGACGGACACAUGGAGAGGAUGGAGAGCAGAGGAUACCGGCCUGCUGGUCCUUUACUGGACAUCAGUCUGAUUACUGGGAGGAUGACGGAGGUGUUCCUGCCCCACUGGAUCUGUGUCGACGACGUCCGUAAACCUUUGGAGCAGUUUGCUGUCCUCCACAUGGACGACUGUGGAGACGUUGUGGAGAAAGUCUCUGAGGUCUCACCGUCACACGUCAAACUAGCUGAACCCGUUUUCUCUCCCAGAGCGGUUCUGAUGAGAGUCGGCUUUCCUGUGAAGGUCUACUGCAACAUGUUGCUCUAUCGGGCCAACACGGCUUUCCUCACGCUGCACGUUUACCUCACCCCACGCGACCCGGCCUUACAGCAGGAAAUGGACCAAAGGGAAAAGUCUUAUGGAUACAAAGUCAUAAGAAAGCCAGAUCCAGACCAGCCUCUGAAAAUGUGUGAUGACUUCGUCCUCACAGCGGAUCUGGAAUCGGCUGAAGUUUGUCCUGAGAGACUAAAGCUCAGGUAUGAUCCCACAAGGCCAAAUUUCUUCGAAGUGUACAUUAAAAACCCAGACACAGACUUCCAGAUGAAACUCUUACAAGCCAAGCGGCUCGACCCAGUGUGGAACUGCGCACUUCGAAAAGAUGAAUACCAAAAAACUCAGGAGAGAAAAGGUGGAGCAACUGGAGUCACUUAUUCACACCAGGUGAAACAUGACGUGGAGGAGCAUCCGUCUCUCACGCAAAAAGAGGCAUCUCUGCGCUCAGACAGAGAGAAGCUUCUGGAAGUGAUUGGAGAUCUGAAGCAGCAGGAGCUGAAAAGGUUCCGGUUUUUCCUGAAGGACGUGGAGGUGUUUGGCUGCAGAGCAGACGGAGGAGGAGCCGCUCCGCCGAGCAUCACCGCCGGUCAGCUGGAGAACGCAGACGCUGUGGACCUGGUGGAUCUGAUGCUGCAGACCUUCAGCCAGCAGGCCGUGGAGAAAACCAAGGAGCUUCUCAGGAAAAUACCCAGGAAUGACCUGCUGGAGGCGCUGUCCGGAAGCAGCUCGUGAUCCAAACAGGAACCACUUCCAAACAAAUUCAGGACAAACUCCAGAAACACUUCACACAAAUAACUCCAUAUUUUUUAUUCCCAUUUUCUUCUGUGGAUAUUUUUUU